UGAUGUGUAGUUGUGUAGUGUGACUGAUGUGUAGUUGUGUAGUGUGACUGAUGCGUUAUUGUGUAGUUGUGUAGUUGUGUAGUGUGACUGAUGUGUUAGUGUUGAUAUAAGAGCAGUAACAAUGCACCGCAGGCUGAACCCGGACUACCAGCGGGAUUCUGUUCCUCCUCCCCGGUUUGGACCUCCAGCUGCUCCCAGUGACGCUGCUCACUUUACAGGACCGUUUAACACACACACUUACAACACACACUUCCCCAACCCUGUGUCUUACACCACAUCUGUUCCUCCUCCGGGUUACCAGAGCUUCAACACCGACCUGACUUACCAGCCAGCAGCUCCUCCAGCACAGUUUUCUGCAGUAUGGUCACUUCAACAGGACGAGCUGCAAAAUCUGGAGGUGAAAAAGAAAGCUGAGGAAUUCCUGCGCAUGCUGGAAGCUAAAGAUUGGGUCAAACCUUCCGGCGAAUCGGGAGACAAAGUCACGAGGCGGCAGAAUGCAGACGCCGAAGCCGAGAGACAUGGGUCGGAGAAGCACUCGAGAGGGCGGAGCCGGAGUAAGAGCAGGAGCCGGAGUCAAGGGAGGAGCCUGGGGCGGAGUCGAGGAAAGAGCAGAGCUCGCAGUCGGGGAAGGAGCCGAGCUCGGAGCAGGAGCAGGAGCAGGAGUCGGGGUAAAAGCCGCACCAGAGCAAAGAGCCGGCCUCGCAGUCGUAGCCGCAGCCGGGGGCGGAGCUUAGCCAGGAGUAAAAGCCAGCCUCGGUUCCAUAAAGAAUCUCAGCGCAGCAUUAAAGACACAGCAACUCCAUCUGUUAGUAGAGUACCUGACCUCUUCCAGAACCUGAAACAGGUCCUACAGAGCAAAGAGCUGGAGAAUCACCUCACUGUGGUGAAGAACACCUUCAACCAGACCCAUGAAGACAUGAGGCUGAAGCAGGAAGCUGCACCUUCACAGAAAUUUCCAGACUUUCUGAAGAAGUCCUGCGACCCCGAGCGAGCCGGUUACUCCAACCCAAACUCCGUACUUCCUCACGAGAGAGUGUCCGGAAAUGACAGCACCUUAAAUUGGAUCUUACCCUGGAACGAUCCGGGACAAAAGAUGGGAACUUUCCCGAAUAAAUGCAUCUUCUCCAGCAUCGAGGACGAGGAGGAGUUCCUCUACGGAGAAGAUGACGGGAGGAAGAAGCCCCAAGCCGUCACCGUCCCGCUCGCUCAAACCAGACAUGCUGAAAAUCCGAUCUCGUCUCCAUGUAUCUCCAAACCUCCCGUCCUCCAGGAGCCCAGGGGACAGAGCGUGAUCCCCAGACAACGCUUGACCCCAGACGUCUCAGCAGAGGAGUGCGAGAAGGUGAAGAACCUGCUGAAGACCAUCGGGUUGAACCUGAACCAGUCCGACAUCAGCAAGAUGGUCACCAGACUGAAGCAGAAGCAAGAGGAGCAGAGAGGCGUGAGCUCGAAACAGACUCUCAGAGCGACACUGGAGACACUGCUGAACCGCAAUAAAGUGCAGAAGUCUGAGGACAGUCGGAGUAAUCGAUCUGAAAGCAGCCAUUCAUGUCGAGAGUCUGACCACAGAGAGCAGAGUGAGGAGAUGGAGAGAGAGAAGGAGAAGGAGCGGAGAGAGAAACAGAUCCAGAAGAAGAGGAAGGAGUACCUGGUGAAGGAGCUGGAGGAUCUGCUGAAGCAUGAAGGUUCAGGUGAUCUGAUCCCCGUCAUCGGUUUCUUCUGUCAGCGCUGCGAGGAGUUCCUCGGGGACCUGAGCAGUGCUGAGGGACACAAACACACCAACACACACCAGGAUCAGCAGCUCGAAGACAAGAAGAGGCACCGAGACCAGGAGAUUAACACGGAGAGGAAAAGACCGAGAGAAGACGCUCACAGCCCUCACGGGACCAAGGACGAGUCCAGAGUCCAGGAGACGAAAGACAGGAACGAUGACGACGGCCAGUCGAGUAAGAGCGGCAAAAAGAAGAAAAGAAAGAGAAAAGUUUAUCACAGAAUCGGGAUCAUAUCAGCACCACCCGCAUCCCACCAUCCACAUCCCACCACCCGCCACCCACAUCCCCCCAACCACCACCCGCCUCCCACCAACCACCCCCCUCAACCCACCAACCACCUCCCACAUACCACCACCCGCAUCCCGCAUCCCACCAUCCACCACCCGCAUCCCACAAUCCACCUCCCACCAUCCACAUCCCGCAUCCCACCUCCCACCAUCCACCUCCCACAUCCCACCAUCCACCACCUGCAUCCCACCACCCACAUCCCACCACCCGCAUCCCACUAUCCACCUCCCACAUCCCACCACCCGCAUCCCACCAUCCACCUCCCACAUCCCACCACCCGCAUCCCACCACCCGCAUCCCACAUCCCACCAUCCACCACCCGCAUCCCACCAACCACCACCCACCACCCGCAUCCCACCUUCCACCUUCCACCUCCCGCAUCCCACCAUCCACCUCCCACCACCCGCAUCCCACCAUCCACCUCCCACCAUCCACAUCCCGCAUCCCACCUCCCACCAUCCACCUCCCACAUCCCACCAUCCACCACCUGCAUCCCACCACCCACAUCCCACCACCCGCUAAACCGAUUCAUCUAA